GCGCAACUUUGACAAGAACCAUGAUGUCGUCCUCAUCGUCGUCCGCAAUGUCGACGCCCUCCCGCGAUUCUCGUAGGAGAAAACCACACCCUCAGAGGAAAACUCUUGUCAGGAACUCCUCGUUGUUCGGCAGUAUCAAGAAUUUCGUAGCUGCACCGUUUUCACGGCUUUUCGCUUCAUCCGAGGAGUUUGAAGACGAGAAGGACUUCUCUGGGAAACGUAGGAGAAUUAUACCUCAAACCAAAGUUCAAAAUACAGACACUGUAGAUGAUGGUCCUGCUCCGAAGCGAAUGAGAGUUAACUCUCCAUCUUUGUCUCCUCCCCCAGUCAACCGUGGUGGUUAUUUGGAUCCCCCAGCUUCUGCUUUCCGUCAAGUUUCUCCUGUCUUAUAUAAUCCACCCAGUCGUUCGGCCUCCAUUACCAUUCCAUCUACUACCAUGUCCGACAUCAAUACGCGAUCUACCGUCUCUCCUUUACGGCGGCAGCUUUCGACCAGCAUGAUAAUAGAUCCCCACUCCUCGACUACAACGUACAAUCGGGUUCCAUCUAGAGAUGGCUCGAUGUCUUCGACGUCCCUAGUAGGCUCUGCAGAGCUCAAUCACUCGAAACUGCAAUCCGCCGAGCGUCCUCGAGAUUAUUCCAUGCCACCAUUAUCAGGGAAACCAUCUUUUAUCAUGCGCAGUUCCAUGACUCCUCAACCUCAGCGCGAUACCUCAGAGCCCCCGCCAAUUACAUCUCUGAGCUCGUAUCCCGUUUUUGUUCGAGGUCCCAGUCAGGUCAAUGAACAGCGGCCAAAAAUUGGGACGUCUACACUUGGCUCCUUGGUGGACUCUCAACGGAAGCGUCAGACAUCACAGACAACCUCCACUGUGCCUCAGAGGAACUCCUUACUGUUUGGUCGUCAAGUUCAAGAAACUCAGCCAUCCGCUGUCCUUCAAGAACUUGACUUCUAUCGGACUCCACUUGUUCCUACCCGCCUACGGUCAAAGGUCCUUACAGCAGGGAAUACUAAUGCCGACAUCACAGCUAUGUUCAACCGUAAACAGUCACUCAUUUUGAUGGGGGAUGACAAUCGAGUGAGGUUAGGAGGAAGGCGAGGGAGUAGCAAGGAGAAGAAAGAAAUGGCGCAUAACGAAAGCAAGCCAUACGCGGGGACUACUGGUUUGAAGAAGCGACUUGCUAAACACCGGCAGGACGAAGAAGAGAGCCUUCACAAGAGUCGUGAUGAUGACCCCUGCAAAGACGACAUGAUGCUAUCAGAUAAGCCCGCUGGAUCAGAGGUUGAGCCAGUUCCAACCCAAGUCCCACCACCGCCACCUCCCCCUGCCGGCAAGGAUUGGUUCAGUUUGGCGAAGUCUUCUGCCACCAGUAGCAGCUCACCUGAGGCGUCCUCGCUUCGGGUAGGGAGGGCAUCACGUUCGCACUUGAGUCGUCCUUCCCGCCCUUCUAAGACCAAGUUUUCUGCGGCGUUCGAAGAAGACGAAGAAGUUUCUGAAGAAUUUAGAGCUGAGAUGGCGGCAUUGGAAGAAGCUGCGAAAAAAGUACCGGUGUUCCAAGUCCCGGCUGGCUUCAGUUUCGCUAAAGAUACCACAGCCGCCGACGCCGACGCGGCGAAUGCCAAGGAGCCACCUCUCCCCUCACUUCCGUUCUCUCUCACGCCUUCUGACUCCGCCUUCUCAAUGUCACAGCCGCGCACCAAAUCACCGGAGCCAACGCGAACGCCGUCCGCUGUCACUGUGCCGGCUACCGAACCCGGUCGCCAAACGUCUCCGUCCCAUGUUCCUGAAAUAGCAUCAAAGACAUCCACAACUCGUACUACUGCGGAGUCGACUUCAGAAGGAAAAAUUCCGAACUUUUUUGCCUCCAGUAAAUUUCUUUCCAACGAAAACACUCCGACGCCAGGAUCGCAAACGCCGACUGCGCCAAUUCAAUUAUCCAGUAACUCUCCAUCACCUUUUGCGGUACCCUCUUCCUCCACGCCCCCCCUCUCUUCUGCCGGUAGUCCUGGGCUUGUCUCCGCUGCUGUGCCGGCGAGAGAGAACAACACUCCCUUGUGGCGAGACGAGAAGAAGGACGAUGCAUCCUCAUCUCAAGCUGGUGGUGUACUUGAAGGUAUACCCGCCUUAUUCAGCUUCACGCCGCAUAACGCAACGUCGCCUUUCGGUGGGCCUGCUACAGGGGCCGUUGAACGGAGCGAUGCAAAAUCUGGAGAUACAAAUCUUUCAUUUUCCUUCACAAAAUCGGCGACUGAGGGUUCAUGUUCUGCAACCAGCCUCCCGUUUUCCCUUGGUCCCUCCGCAACAGUCAUUUCAGGUACUGGGCAGCCCAAAAUCUCUUCCUUACCUGUUGCGUCAUCCACUGCCAGUACGUCAAUAUUUAGCAACACCGUUGAGAGCUCAGGGUUGUCAGCUACCUCACCUAGCUCUUUGUUUGGAGGGACCGUUGAAAAAAGUGCAUUUCAGGCGGAGCCUCCCAAAUCGGCUACGAAUGAUGGUCCGAUUGCUUUGCCAUCAUUGUUCGGGCAAUCCCAAAAGACCGAGUCUUCCGGCUCCGGUUUUUCUGUCGCUGAAAAGCCCAAAUCGGACUCCCUGUUUGGUCAGUCCUCAGCGGGCCAGAACUCUGCGUUAACCUCGGCAGAUUCGACGUCAUCUCCCUUCUCCUUUACUGCACCUACACAAUCGUUUUCGUUUGGACCUGAAACAAAAACAACGUCGUCUGCGUCCACCAGCGGUAGUACAUUUGCCUUUGGGUCUAGCUCUGCAAUAGGCAUCUCUCCCAAUUCUCCCAAAACAAAACCCUUUGCAUUUGGAGAGAGCUCUACUGGGAAGAGCGAUGCCCCUAAGUCAUUCUUGUUUGGAAAUGAUUCCAACGCAUCAUCGAUUACAACGGAUGCUAAACCAUUGUCAUUUGGCAACGCUACGUCCUCGACGGAGACAAAUGAUAGCUCCAAGUCACUGUCGUUUGGGAACGGGACGAGCGCAUCCAGCGCAUCAGCGGAACCUUCCAAAUCUUUCCCGUUCGGUACCGGUGCACCGGUUACUUCAAGCCCAUUUGGAGAGUCCAAACCAUCAUUUUCUUUCGGCUUCUCUUCACGACCCGUGACACCUCCACCAAAUCCAGACAAUGAAGUUAGAAUGGAAGAAAGUCCAACGAGAGAUACGCAAAAGCCUGCAGAACCUAGACCCUCCCUUUCAGGGUUCCCGUUCGGGACCAGCACGUCCUCACCUUUUGGGCAAAGUGCCCAAUCGUCGUCCGGGACAGCUUCUUCGUCGUUCUCGUUUGGCGUUCCAAGUACCAAUGACAACAACUUCGGGGGCAUGAAGACGGAUAGUAAACCUGCAAGCUCAUCGUUCGGGUUUGGUCAGGCGGAUUACACCAGUACCACGCCCAACAGCUCUCCGUUCUCUUUUGGAUUCAACAAACAAGAUAACGAGCCUGCAAGGCCUUCUACUACUGGCUCAUUCUCGUUUGGACCAUCGCCGUCUACUUCUACUACUCCGUUCACAUUUGGCUCAUCGUCGAAUACCACUUCAAACCCAUUCGGGCCCCCGCAAUCAGGCUCUGCUCCAAGUAGUCCCUCGACGUUCAGCCAGCCCACUCCUGCAUUUACAGGCUCUUCCAAUCCUUUCGCGUUUGGGGGGUCACAGCCUGCGUCACCUGCUACCCCCAGCUCUUCGUUACCGCAAUCUUCUGCUUUCGGUGCGUCACCUAGCGGGUUUGGGUCGACUCAGCCUGCGGCAGGUGCUCUCUUUACCAUGGGAGCAGCACCCGCGAACUCUCAGGGACGUCACAUUAAGAGGCUGCCAAAACGAGGGGGUAAAAGAUAGUAAUUUCUCCUUGUUUCUGUGUUGUUUUUGGAUAAUCGUUCACAUCUCUUUUCUUUAUACAACUCGCAUCACAAAUUUUUCAUCUUACACCUCAGUUUUCCUCUCGUCACUGUAGCAAUGGAUUGUGUCACCUCAAGAUUUAGGCUCACGGCCUACCUGUUCCCCAACGAACUCUACUUAUAGGGGCUCACGGCUUUUUUUAUAUACACUGUAAAUGUCAUCACAUCUCCCAAUAACUUAUCUCUCUUUCUUAGUUGCUCA